AUGUCCGACUUCCCCGAGAUCGAGAAAACCUUAGCCUCUAUAGAGGCUAGCCCCCAAGUCCUCCAGGUCCUCCGUGAUUUACAUACGCAGGCCCUUUCCGAAAUCCCCUUUUUAGGUGGGAUUGGCCCGACAACGGGAGCGUUAGACAAGUUCGUGGCUCUUGAUCCAGACAAGUGCGCAUUGGUGUAUCUCCUCCUUCGAUCCACUCAGGCGCGUUUCGUCGUCGAAGCGGGAACUUCUUUCGGCCUGAGCACCAUUUACCUCGCCUUAGCCGUGGGACAGAAUGCCGCACUGAAAGGCUCUGACGGAAGAGUGAUCGCGACGGAGAACGAGUCGGUCAAGGCAGCUAGAGCUCGGCAGCAUUGGAAGGCCGCCGGGGAUGAGGUCGAGAAGUGUAUUGAGCUGCGCGAAGGCGAUCUUCGCGAGACCCUUAAGUCCGAUUUGCCUGACCAGGUCGACUUCUUACUACUAGAUAUCUGGACUCCCCUGGCGCUACCAACCUUGACCCUCGUACAUCCACGAAUGAAGAUUGGUGCAAUGGUCGUUGCUGACAACGUUUCGGCCGCGGAGGGUUACAAGGACUUGUUAAGCUACUUAGACGACCCUGCCAACGGAUUCAAGAUGACGACAGCCCCUUAUUCCGGAGGUCUUCUUAUCGCGGUGUACGUCGGGAAGAAAGUCGCAUAG